AUCACCAUCUGGCAACACUGCACUGAGCCAUUUUCAUAAUAUUUACCGUCACAUCGCAUUAAAUAAAUUAAUUCGUCAAUUGCCCCUAUUAAACGGAAUAGUAAAGCACAAGGAGCGUUUUGUGGAACCACCGAAAGCCGGAGAAUGUAAAGAUGUUGAAUUACAUCAAGAGGCAAGCCAGCCGCCGUCGCAGCAGCCAAGAUGCCACGGAUGCCAACUGCGCCCAAAUAGCUGAUGAUGUGGACACCAUCGAUGGAAUCUCGGCGCACAAACGUCACUCAUUGCGCUCGACAACCAGUUUCUGCGACGAGGUGUUCCUAGAGGCGGAGGAGGAGGGCGGAGGUGGCGUGGGACCCGGAGGAGGAGCCCCCUCCGAUGGUAUCAGUCUCUCCAGCAACGAUGACAUUUUCACCUACAACUCACGCCUCUCCAUGAACCUGGCUUCCAUUGUCAGCGAUCCAAACUGCCUGAGCUUCUUCGUACAAUAUCUGGACACCCGACACGCCCUGCCCUUGAUAAAAUUCUACCUGGACAUUGAGAACUUCAAGCGAGCGGCGCUUACGCAGGAGAAAGAGGAACCAGAGGAGGAGCCGUUGACGAAGGCGGAACAAACUUCUCCCAGCAAAGAAGACAACGAUGUACCUGAACUGAAGACGCUGUGCGAUCUGUCCAUGCGCAAGCCGCUGACGGAUGACGAAAAGAGCCGAAUCUACGCGGAGACCAACAAGCAGAUCAAUAGGCAAAAAUCUGUCACAGGAUGUGUGGCAAACUCGGAACUUUCCCGGGCCAGCAUCAGCGAUGCCAUAGCCAUCUACCAAAAGUAUCUGAUAGUGAACGCCAGUCUGCAAGUGGAGCUGCCCAUCGUCAUCCUAGCGCACAUAUCGCUGCUCCUUUGCGGGAGGGACAAGUCGGAGAGUAGCAAACCCAUACCUGCCAGCUGCUUCGAUGAAGCCAGGGAGUUUGUGCUGGAGCAACUGGAGCGAGACCAUGUUCAGGGAUUUCUGCAAAGCGGCUACUAUUCCACCUACUGCUUGGAGUUGAUUGAAGGCAGCUCCAUAAAUAUCUACGAUGUGUUGAACAGCGAACUGGCUUUGUUUUACUUUACCGAGUACCUGGAGCAGCGGCAGGAGCGCGAGUGUCUGGAGUUCUGGAUCACGGCCAUUAACUUUCGCAAGAGCUUUGCUUCCGGCGAAGAGAAGGAGGAGGAUCGCAAGGCGGCCCAGAGCGAUGCCAUGAUCAUCUACGACAGAUACUUCUCCCUGCAAUCCGAGUGUCGUCUCUGGAUGUCACAGAAGCUGCGCUUGAGGGUGGAACAGGCCAUCUGUGCUCCAGGCGAACAGUGGCAAGCGUUCGAUUUGGCCCUUAUUGUAACUGCCAAAUAUCUGGAGCAGAAAUACUUUACCGACUUCUUAAAGUCGCACAUCUUUGAUAACUAUGUGAAUGAAUUGAAGGUUAAGAGAGAUAACUCCACCCCUUACUCGAAUCUCCAGCAAAAGCUGAGCCUGCGUAGGACUGGAAAAACUUGCAACACCCAGCAGCGUCAUCGCAAAACACUUUCCAUGUCAGACUGCACGCACAUCUCGCAGCACAACACACUGCUGGCUUCCAUGGACCAGCUGCCAUCGAAAACGUCGAACAAUCAGCAGCCGGGAAGUCUGAACAUCGACGCCAGGCAGCUGACCAAUCCCCAACUGCUUUGGCAGCGACCUGUGGGUGCGCUUAAGUUCGGUUUUGUCAACUCCCUGGGUCGCUAUGAGCGGGACUUUGAGGCCGUGGAUGCAGUGGCUCUCAAAUCGCAACCAUGGUCCCUGAGUGUCAGCGGAAGCAAAAUCAAAAAUGCAAUGCGUAAGCUGGUGAAUCUGCCGGAGGACAAUGUGCAGGAGGAGAUCGCCUGGCAGGUGGCCGAGAUGAUCGUCAAGGAUGUCACGAGUGUCACUCUCAGUGGCAAGACUCCUCCACUGGCUUAACGUGCUUUACUGCUAUUGAAUUUAUUUCUCACCUUAUUCUCAUCUUUAAAUUAUUAUGUUAGUGCUCAAAUCUAAGCAUGAAUCUCUGCAAAUUGUGCACAAAAUGAAGUCGCAACAGAAGCUCUCUUUAAACUGCUAUCUUAUGUACAAAUUACUUUGAACAAAACCAACUUUCUAUCUUAACUUAUUUUCGUUAAUGGUGUGGGCUUUGAAAGCUUAUCAUUAACUAAAUUACUGCUCGCUCAUUUGUUAUUUAAAGCAACAAACCCCAAAUCUCGAAAUAUAAUGAAGAAGCUGAAUCGCUUUCGAGUCUUUACUUCAUUCCGUUUUUAUGAUUAAUCAUUUGUAAUAUAGAAUGUAUAUGAAUAUUUUUGCAUACUGAUGAUAACUACAAAGGAAAAUUUAUUGUUAUUAAAUAAACUUUUUCUAUAAUCAA